AGUCACAAGACGCGGAGCCGGAGGGGCGUCCUCGUCGUCGUCGGCGCUUCCUUGAAAGUCAGCUGGGAAGGGGGACAAAAAAGGGGGGGAACGAGUUUCCACGGAGCGAGGAUGCGACCCACGCGGGGUUUGCGGGGACGGGAGGGGCUCGCGGGGGGCCUUUGGCUGCUGCUGCUGCUGCUGCUGCUGCUCCUGAAUGCGGGGCGCGGAGAAGUCGGCGGAGCCCAGAGAGCCAACAUCGUUCUCAUCCUCGCCGACGACCAGGACCUGGUCCUGGGGGGAAUGGGCCCGAUGAAGAAGACCCAAGUUCUGAUGGGUCAAUUUGGGGCUACCUUUGCUAAUGCAUUUUCAGUGACUCCGCUCUGUUGUCCCAGCCGCAGCAGCAUCCUGACAGGUUUGUAUCCCCACAACCACUUGGUGCGGAACAACACCUUGGAAGGGAAUUGCAGCAACGCCGCCUGGCAGAAAUUCCAGGAGCCCUUAAGCUUCCCAGUUUACCUGCAGAAGCAAGGUUACCAAACUUUCUACGCUGGCAAAUACCUCAACCAGUACGGGCACCCGCAAGCGGGCGGCGUUCAGCACGUUCCCAUGGGAUGGACACAUUGGCUAGGUCUGGUGGGCAAUUCUAAGUACUACAACUACACCCUUUCGUUGAACGGGCAUGAGGAGAAACACGGAGACCACUACGAAGAGGACUACCUCACGGACCUUCUGACUAAUCGGAGCCUGGAGUUCCUACGGAAGCUUUCGCGCCCUCCCUUCCUCAUGGUGUUAGCCCCGCCUGCUGCGCACUCGCCCUGGACGGUGGCUCCUCACUACAAGUCCACCUACGGUAGCCUCAAGGCCCCUCGCAAUGGCAGUUUCAAUGUGCACGGGAAGGACAAGCACUGGCUGAUAAAACAAGCGAAGACGCCAAUGUCCAACAGCUCCAUUCAGUUCUUAGACCGUGUUUAUAGAGCCCGGUGGCAAACUUUGUUGUCAGUAGACGAUAUGGUACAGAAAGUGUUGGAUCAGUUGAAGUCCCUUAAAUUGCUGGACAGCACAUAUGUGUUCUACACCUCAGAUCAUGGUUACCACACAGGGCAAUUCUCGUUGCCUAUCGACAAACGGCAACUUUACGAGUUUGAUAUCCGGGUGCCGUUGCUGGUCCGAGGCCCAGGUGUUAAAGGAAAUAAAACAUACCUGGAACCCAUUCUGAAUAUUGACUUGGCACCCACUUUCUUGGACAUUGCAGGAGUCAACGCUUCUCAGACCAACAUGGAUGGGGUCUCUUUCUUGCCCCUCUUGGUGAACAAGGUACAGAAAUCUGCAUGGCGGUCAGAUUUCCUGGUGCAAUAUACUGGAGAAGGCUACACAACCAGGGACCCCGAGUGUCCGUCCUUGGGACCAGGAGUGUCACAAUGUUUUCCCGACUGCGUGUGUGAAGAUGCCUACAACAACACAUAUGCCUGCGUGCGCACGCUGAGCGCUGCGAACGUGCAAUACUGUGAAUUUGCCGAUAAAGAGAAUUUUGUGGAAGUCUACAACCUGACUGCAGAUCCCCACCAGCUGACUAACAUAGCCAAGAGUGUCGACCCUUCGCUGCUCGUGCAGAUGAACCAGAAGCUGAUCAAAUUGCAAGCUUGUUCCGGCAUCAGCUGCCGUACCUGAGGGUUGGAACGCUUUGGCUAGGACCAAGAACCCAAGAAUCCCUUCCCUCGUGGUUUCCUGGCCUGGCGCUCCUCCCGUCUCCAAACCGAAGCGAACGUGGUGCUGCCUAUUAAUUUAGGAUGGCUCGAUCUUUUAAUCCCAAGUUUGGAGUUUGCUGUGCUGGAAUAGGGUUUGGGGUAGAGCGGAAAGGAAAAAUGUGGGUGAGGAAUGAAGGCUCUCGCCCACUCCAAGCGCACCCAACCUUAGCGACUUUUGAGACUUGUGGACUUCAACUCUCAGAGUUCUGGGGGAUUCUGGGAGUUGAGGUCCACAAGUCCAAAAGGUUGCCCACCCCUGCAGACACCCUAUGAAAUUCUAGUGCCUACCUCGCUUCGUUGCUCAUCUUGUCUUCUUUUAGCCAGGCAGUGAGCAAUGAGGUCUCACUUCAGAGUGAAGAAUGUCUCAGUCUGGAACUUUCCAGAUGUUCUUGGACUACAGGAUCCUACAGCAGCUGUCAUCCUUGGGACUACACAUCCCACCUUGCACUGCUCCAGUUAGGGGAGGGAUGGGGAGGAGUCUUUCCGUUCGGUCAUUGAUUAGCGCAGAAUGAAAUAACCUGGGAUGGUCAACCUCCAUGGUCAUCUUCCUUCCUUCCUUGGGCUGACUGAGAUCUUGGAGGCUCUGCGUAUCCCUGCAGGGACCAUUGUGCCUCGUCUGACUUUCUUGCCAGGUCCAUGGUGAUUAUUGCAGUUGCUAUCU